CGGAACUGUAAACACGCACGCGGUCGAGUACAGUGUUCAAUUGCAUUUGUUGUGUGCGGGAAUGGCUGAGGUGCAGAAUACCGGCAACAGUAAAUUAUCACAUUUCGAUUGUCACCAACAAACGUUCCUGAAUGAAGCCUGAAAAGCCACAUCAUUUGAAUGAUAAGCAUCACGUAGUAUGCAUUACCUGCAGAAAUUCCCGAAACAUAACGAGGUGGUGUCGGUGUCAUCAGGUGACGAGACAAUGUCGUGGCGGCGCAGCUCGAAGACACUAGUGCUCCUGUCGGCGGUCAGCACCACCUGCCUGCUGCUGCUGCUCGUGCAGGUGAACGAGAUACGCCCGCCGUACGAGGUUGGCCCCACUGGAGCAGUUGGAGCCAACUGGAGGAUGCUCAGCGCACAGGAGAUAAACAACUUAUCGGUGUUGGGUCGUCGUUUAUUUCUUGGUGAGGAUACAGGUUCUAUCCAAAGCGAUAAGAACUUUACCAUCCUGGUUUUGAAGCAUGGGCCAAGCCUAGAACCACGGUUAAUUUUCCAUUACACCAAAAUACGCCACUCUCCGUUCGAGGACUGCUCGGCGUCCAACUGCCGCCUCACGUACGACCAGUCGCACCUGUCGGAGGCGGACGCCGUGUUGGUACACCUGCAACGCACGGCGGGCUUCGGCAGUCUCCCGCAGAAGGGCCGCCGCCCCUCCCAGCGGUGGGUGUUCCUGACGGACGAGAGCCCGCACCACACCUUCUCCCUGCCGGGCAACAGGCUCGCCGACUACGACGGGCUGUUCAACUGGUCCAUGUCGUACCGCAUGGACGCCGACGUGCCGGUGCCCUACGGCCGCGCGGUGCCGCUGUCCCUGCUGGAGAGGCUGCAGGCGGCGGGCGAGGAGGAGGAGGUCGACCACCACGCCCGCAACCCCAAGAUGGCCGCCAUCAUGAUCUCCGACUGCGGCGGCGCCAAUGGCAGGAUGGCGUACCUCAAGGAGCUGGGCAAGCACUUGCCUUUGGACACGUACGGCGCCUGCGGGACCUUGAAGUGCGAGGGGCACUUCCGACAGGACUGCGCAAAGCUCCGGGGCUACAAGUUCUACCUGGCGUUCGAGAACUCGAACUGCCGCGAGUACUCGACGGAGAAGGUGUGGUGGAACGCGUACCACAAGGGGUCGGUGCCCGUGGUGAUGGGCGCGUCGCGGGAGGACUGCCGGCGGCUGCUGCCCCCGGGCUCGUAUGUCCACGUCGACGACUUCCCCUCGCCCCGCGCCCUCGCGCUGCACCUGCUCCAGCUGAGCGAGGACCCGGCGCGCUACAACGCGCUGUUCGCCUGGCGGAGGGCGUUCAGGGUGCUCAACGAGCACGGCUACUUCCAGUCGCCGGUCCACCACUACUGCCGGCUGUGCGAGGCCCUCAACUACAACGACCCGCGCCCCAAGACCUACCGCAGGAUGGAGGACUUCAUGAGCGUGAGGAGGGACUGUCGCAAGGGCUUCAGCACCCAGCACUGACUUCGCACGUCAAGACAAUCUCCACUCGACCAUUGGCUGUGAUAUCUUAGUAUAGGCUUUGAGUAUAUAUACUGUAUUAGAAGUCGCCAGCCCAGGUUAAAAUUUCUAAUACGGUUUUGAGGUAGUUGGUUAAUUCGCCGCCGCAAUCGCCACCAUCUCUAGGAGCAUCGAACUUGCGGCGGUCCCUAGCGGACAAGUGUCGAACUCUUCAAACACCCCUUCCCCCUCCCGUUGAACGACCCUUGAGCUGCAGUGAAUGUUGGGUUGGUGGGGUGCGGGGGAAUGACAGCGGGCGACAGUGCUGCGCUCUAACGUGCAAAUAACAACCUAAGACGAUACAGGGCGUUUACGGCAGCGCACUGCAGCGGUGAAGUUCCCAAGCUGCUUAUCAUACGCUUCUGAAAAAACGUAGAGUAAAUCCUAUCCACUCGCGACUUCUAUACAGUAUAUAUAUUCAAAGGUAUAGGUUAUUCAUAACCACAAAGGUAAUUGUGUAUAUAGUUUAUUUGCAAAGCAACCAACCAAAAUUAAUGGGGCCCACUAGGCAUCAAGAUAACGUAAGGUGCGUUGAAUUAUUCAUCUAUGAAGUGGAUGUGUGUUCGUUCUGAUCAGUAAUUCUGUUAGCAAAAUAAAUCCAAACUAAGAAGGAAGUUUUUUUAAAAAUAGUAAAAAGAAUCAUAAAAAUGCCAUAAUGACGUGAGUUUUCUUAAACAAAGACGUUAACACACCAGCGAGAGACUAGUGUUAAACUUCAUUGUAACCAAAUAAUGUUUUGCCAUCCGGAUGGAAAAGGGGUUGAAGUGUCACACACAUUUUAAUUUAAAUUUUUUGCAUGGAAAACAUUGCACACCCAAACUUCAUAACUUAUUACUAGGGACAAGAUUAUAGAAUAAAAACCUAAAUAACACAGAAAAGCGUGUCAUUGCAUCACAACCCCAAAAUGCACCAUCAGCAUUUUUAAUCACAAAUAUACUCUAAACACACAAAAAAAUAUUUAUAUAUAUUUUUUUUUAAUAUAGGAUAUCAAACUAAUGUAAUUAAUUAGUACAUUUGUAUUAAAUUGUAUAUUCUAGAUACAUUAUUUUUUUUUUACAUUUUUUUUGAUCUUGAAACACAAAAGUUUUUGCCAAUUUGUUUUUAUUGUUCUGAGUACAUAGUUAAACAUGCUUAUUGCAAAUUAUUACAUUCUAAAAGUGCAUCAUGUAUCGGUCAAAAUGAAACAAUUUGGUGAAAUAACUAUCGGAAAACAGUUAAUUAUCAUAUUUUAUUAAUAAUAUGCUACCUAUAUAAAUAAAUAUAAUAAAAAAUAAAAUCAAAAUCUGUUUUAAAAACAUGUUUAGCUUAAAAAUAAAAUCAUAAAAUCUUGAAACCUUUACAGUGAAUAUAGUUUUCUGGCAAUGUAACUAGGCUUAAAAAAUAAGUAUAUAGUGAACCGCAAACAAAAUAGUAAUUUUAAUACAAAUGGCACCACCCUAGUAUUGUAACAUGUUUUUAUUUUUAGUAAAGAUGCAUAUUCAAUAGUGGGUGACUUGUGCUGACUAAAUAGUACUGAUAGUUAGUGUUUAAACUUUCUUUGUACAUAAUGUUAUUGUAACCCAUCAUAUAUAAUGUACCUUGAAUCUUCAUGUUAGUGAAAUUUCUAAUAUGCUAAAAAUUUAUCAAUAUUUGCGUGCAAAAGCCAUCACCACUAGUUCAUUUUUCUUAGGUUGGAAAUCUUACAAAUUGAAUGGGGUUCAUGAAAUUGUAGUAACACCUUAAUUUCAGACUUCUGUUUUAUAAUCUUAAUGCUUAUAAAUUCUUGCAGAGAAUUUUGUUUUGAUCAAGUACGUGUUUAGAUAAAAGACUGCUUGGUCCAACACAUCAGAUUGAAAAGCGUAAAACAGACUGUGGUAAAUUUGAAUUUUGUAACUUUGUCGAUGGGAAUGGCUUUCAGAAGUGGAUUACCAAAUGUUCAAAUCAAAUGGAAUGCACAUCCAAGUGUGGUCCGUGAAAGUGCCGUGUAAAUGCCUGUGGUUCCGUGUCAAAAUGAUAGCCAGCGGGCUGUGUUUAUAACUGGGACACUUAAAAGCACGGGACCUUUCUCGUUUCAUUCCUAAUGAUGAUGAAAUAGCGACAUUAAUCUCAAAAAAAGGUGAACUAAAUUCUAGCUGCAUUUCUUGCACGUCAUGUCAAUAUCAUUUUUUAUUUUCCCACAUUGCAAACACAAACUUGACCAUUGCAUACAAUGCAGUUUCACAUGCCGGUCAAGCGUGUCAUACAAUUGGGCAGAAGUCAAACGAUCGUGCGGAGUCAUACUGCAUGCAGAUCAUUUCUGGUCGAACAGAAAAAGACACAAAUUCAUUGAUGUCCCCAAAGCAAAAUGCUGCACUGAAAAAUUUGAGAAAUGCAAUGUAAGUAAUAAAUCUGCAAUAAUGUCCCAAAAGGGUCUGUCCCAAUAGGUUCACAGUGUUGGUAUUAAUAGGAAACUUUGUCACACGUCACAGUGAGAAGUCAGUUGCAUACAGCACACCGCUCAUGUUUGAGGUGCAAUGUAUAAUUGCUGUGUGCAAGCUGUCUCUUAGGUGACUUGGUAUUAGUAGAGAAGUGUGAUCUGUAGUCACCUCAAGUGAGCCAUUACAGUCUUCUUCAUACAAGCAAUUGAAUACGCUGUAGAAAUGAUGCUUUUUUUUUCUUAAGUAAAAAUAAGUAUUUUUUGGACUAUUGACAAAUUUUUGUGUUACAGCAUUGAUAAUACACAUUUUUUUAAAUGCAAAAAAAAAAAUACACUUACACUUAAAUUUGCUCAUGAUUAACAGUUAACUAAAAAAUAACUAUUGAAAAUAAACAGAGCAGAUUACACAGUAAUAAUAGGAAAUACCUAUGUCAAAAAUUUUCACAAAAAUAUCAAUUCUACAUGAGAUUCUACCCAAUAGAAAUGUUAUUUUGUAUAGUUUGUGCUAAAAUCAGUGAAUUUUUAAAAAUUAUUAAAAAGUAUAUUUGCUACAAUCAAAAUGACACCUGCAAAAGCAAUAGCAAAACUGAGUUUUGAUUCUCACUCAUCAGAACUUCCAUUUCAAUUGAGAACUAUUACUUAAGCUAAGUGAUUCAUCAAAUUUUUUGUCAAUACAAUUUUGUCAAUGUAGCUAGUUUUCUCAUCAUUUUGCAAUGCCACUAAGCAUUGCCAAUUUUACGGUUAUUUUAAUUAAGUCAGUGCCUUUAUGCUUUGAGACUAUCUCGGAAAAAUUCUCAGUAUGGUGUAUUAUAACUGUAGGUCAUUCUAAUUCUCUAUCAGAUUUGUGUUCUUGUUAACUACCUGUUCAAAAAUGUUAAAAAUGGUACAUACUAUGUAUAUGAGUUUCUUUUAAUCUAGUCAUUUUAAAUGAUUGUCUUGUUAGUUGCUUGUUUCAUGUAAUUUAUUUUUCAAGAAAUCAUAACUUUGCACAUUUGAUUUCUUAAUACCCAACAAAAUGGUAAAUGACCAAUGUUAAUUGUAUUAAACAUUGUACAGACAUAUUAUUUAUUAAAGAACUACAUUUUGUGUGCAUUCUAUUGUUAAUGUUUGUAAAUAAUUUCUGCUCAUGGUUGUGCUUAGUUCCAGUUUCAUUGCAACGUGUAACUCGCUAUAGAAUCUGCAGCACGAUGAAUGGAGAUGAACUGUUCCUUAUUUAGAACUGCUUCGCUAAUAAGGUAGCAACAAUUUAGCACUGCUCAUCAUGCGUGGAGGGGGUGAAAUAAAUACAUAUAAUGCUGAUACGGUGACUAUGAACUUAAGAUAGCUAUUAAAAACUAAUAAGUAAUAACUAUCCAUCGUAAAGCUCGCUCUGACAAAAAACAGGAAAUGUUGGUGCCAAUGCUCCCUCCGUGUCCCCCGCAAUGACGUAACCGCGCAGCAGCGAACGCUAAAUUGCACUGUAGGUGCGGCUAGUGUUCAGUCGCAAGCCAGCUCGCAAAGAAAGUACUGGGCGAUUUGCUCCAAACAACUUUUAUUCUUUACGCUAGAGUGUUAACUACAUUUUGUAAAAAAGGGGGUAGGGGACUAUAAUAUUUUUUUACACAAGCAGCAAGGAAUAAUGCCAAACGAAAGUGAAGAAAUGGAAGAAGCAAUGAGUGACAACCAUUUAUAACCAACUGCCUAGCUAGACUUAAUGAUGCAGAAAUAUGUUGGCUCUAUAGAUUAAGAAAGAAAGAAGCCCAGGAAAAUGCAACGGACUCGGUCAUCAAUGGACGUGGAUAACCCAAAGGAAGCAGAUUUAUUUUAUCCAUUCCUUCAAAGCAUCUCAAGCAUCCUACUUUGGAACUUGAAUCAAAUUCAAGAAAAAACAUAAUGGUAGUCGCCCUGACUUCUACCCACUCCAAUUUUUUUAACACAGUCCACCAUAAAACAAAAAAAUAUAUUUACAUUAAGAAUACUUGGAAUAAUUACAAAUCAAAUUAUGUAAUCUUGUAUUCAACAAUACAAGAUUUUAAGAAUAAUAUUCAGCUAUUUGUAUUACACAGUUGCCUUUGUGAAGGCAGGAAGAAAGCACUUAUAUUCUACACAAAAAAUAUCACAGUAGAUUGUUUUAUUUCAAACAUAAAUCAAAACUGCAGUUAACGGUGACACACCACUGCUGUGGAGAAAGUAAUACACUAUUAGAAUUAAAUAUGCUGCAUUAAAAAUUUUAUAAUUGGAAUAAACAUUAACCAGCGAAAAAUGUUUUUCCAAAUAUCGUAAUAAGAUAUGGUAAAAACUGGCCAAUUAUCAUUGGCGAAGCGCAGGACACUUGAAUGCAUUACUUUCAAGCUAUUUUACACUUCACGCCGCUAGAUGGCACUACUGUAACUAGUUUCAUGCACUUAAAAACGUUGGUAUACACUAAGCCGCCAGGUUUGCUGACAUUGCUUGUCUCUCGUAUUUCUUACCAGUUUUCCAUAUUAUCCCUAUUACAAAAUUUGGUGUUUCUCUACUUAGACUAGCACUGAAUAUUGAGAGACGAAAAUCCAUUCAUGAUUUAAAAUCGCUAAACUUGAAUAAAAAAAAAAUUGAAUUUUGAAAAAAUUAUUUUCAGGUGCAGUAGGCGUGUUUUAGUUCAUUCACUGAUUCCAUUGUCUACAAUGUUGUGCAGUUGAUUUUCUUAUUUUCGUGAUAAGCUAUGAAAGUAGUCUGUCUGUGUUUUUAAAAUUAAAUUCCAUAUGCAUUUUAUAUUUUGUUACAGAUAAACAAUUUAUCUGUGUUGGGUCAUCGUCUUUUUUCUAGGCGAGGAUACAGGUUCUAUCCAGAGCGAUAAGAACUUUACCAUCCUGGUUUUGAAUCAUGGGCCAAGCCUAGAACCACGGUUCAUUUUACAUUACAGCAAAAAAUGGUAAGUUUAUUUUUCAAACAAUUUCAACCCACUGAAGGAUAGAAUCUCAUAAUUACGAUAUUUUAACUUGGUUAUUUUAUUCUUAGUUAAAUGUUUGACAAUUUAAGUUUACUGGUACGACCUCAUGUCCUAAGCAGAAGAAAAUUAUAUUAAGAGUUUAUUUUGAAUUGUUUACUGUAUAUAUUGAGCCUUUCAUACUAAUGUAAAGCUUUAACUACAAUGAUUAUUAGGCAAUUAAGGUUUAUUUUAUUCAAAUCAGUAUACAUCCCAUUUAUUAAAUCAAGUUCUGAAGAUCACAUCAGGAAGAUAGUUGUCAUUAGCAGCAAAGCAUUGUUGAAGGUGAUUUCAGAACUCUUCGAACGCUUUUUGGCACAUUUCGAGGGGUGUAG